AUGGAGGUUAUGAGAGCUGUAUCUGUAGUUAAGCCCAAUGCUUGUGGCUUGUUGAGCUUGAAGACCCAAAAGAAAAGAGUGAAUUUGAGGAAAAAGUAUAUGGAGAGCUGCAUCAAAGCAUGGUAUGGAGAUUAUGACUGUAAUGAAGGGCCGAACUUGGUAGACCGAAAUAUGUCCGUUCUGAGAAGACGAAUGUAUGAGCUCAAGUUGCAGGAAAGCUUUUACAUUCCACCCAAAGAAUGGAUGGAAUGGGAGAAAAACAUGCUUUCUGAUUAUUACUCCACUAUUUCUCAAGCAACCGGAAUUUUGCAGUCAUGUUUAAUGAGUACGAGGCCCAGCAUCGCUUUGGCUACUUUGAGUUUGGUGUUAAUGGGCAUGGGCACCUCACUCAGUGUUGGCUUGCUUAUGGCGUGGAGUAAUGUGGAUAUGUUUCUCCACAAUUUAUGA